AUGUCGACACAAGCGCCCGUGUCAACGGCCCCGCAGCAGCCACUUGCGGAACCGACCACAAUCAUUCCCGAGUGGGACUCUAAUGCUGUGCAGACAUACAAAGCUGGAGUCACGGCAACGACACAAACAGAAAAUCGUCCUGGUGCAAAGACUGUGUUGCAGGAGAAGCUCAAUGCCGUCCUUCCUCGAUCGCGGUCAUACUGUGGUCUCAAGCGACGCACUUUCCUCAUCAUUCUUGCCUGCACGGUUCUAGCAUUGCUUGCUCUCAUCAUCGGUCUAGCUCAUGAAGGAGACCUCACAUAUUACGCCACGGGCUUGGGUAGUUGUGGCAUCACAUCUUCUGAUAGCGACAUGAUCGUUGCCGUGUCUCAUUACGUCUUCGAUGCAGCAUCCAAAAGCUCCAAUCCCAACCAGAAUCCUCUGUGUGGUCUGAAGCUCAGAGCUUCGAGAUAUGAUGAGCAGGUUGGAGAGAAGAGAAGUGUUGAUCUGAAGGUCGUCGAUCGAUGCGUUGGUUGCCAGGCUACAGACAUUGAUGUGUCUCCAGCAGCUUUCGACAGACUUGCAGCCAGAGCCAGUGGGAGAGUCGAAGUGACUUGGGCAUGGCUAUCCCCUCAGGCCACUGCCUGA